CGGGAGGUGAGAAGGAGGGUGAGACGGGAGGUGAGAAGUGGACAGAGGAGCGGGCACCAGAGAUGGAGAAGGAGGACACACCAGACGUCAAGCCGCGCGUGUCGGGAUCCGCCGAGGCCGCGCAUCGCGCCGCACCGGAAGAAGCAGAAGAGCACGCGGCUGAAGCAGCCGUCGAAGCCGCACUAGGCUCUACGCCGCGGGAGGCGUCCGCGCCCGCGUCCGCGCCCGCGCCCGCGCCCUCCCGCGUCAAUCUCGCCGACAUCUCCUCCCUCAUCUCCGAGCUCGUGCGCAACCGCGAAGAAAAAGUCGCAAUCGCCGUGGGCGCGUACAACGCGAUCGACCGGCACAUCCGCGCGCUCGACUCGGCGCUGAGCGCGCACGAGACGAGCGUGCUCGGCUUCGAGACUCCCAAGCCCGCGGGUCGCAGCGUGUCCGUCAUGAGCGAAGGCGUGCCGCCGGGCAUCGAGGCAGACCCGAACGAGCCCCGCUACUGCUACUGCAACCAGGUGUCGUAUGGCGAGAUGGUCGGGUGUGAUAACGACGACUGUCCGAUGGAAUGGUUCCAUCUCGCAUGUCUUGGUAUGAGCCAGCCGCCGGCGGGGCAGUGGUUGUGCGAUGUGUGUCGCAAGGACAGGAAGGAGGGCGGGGGAGGAGGGGGAGGGGCGCACAAGAAGCGCAGGAAGCGAUGA